CGCUUGCACUUUUUCCUCUACUUCUUUCAACAAAGAUUCUGACAUGGUAACUUGUUUUUCUAGUCAUUUGCAGCUCUCAACGAAGAUUGCCAAUGUGGUAACUUGUUUUUCUAGUCAUUCACUUGCAGCUCUCAAUGAAGAUUCUGGCAUG